AUGGUGCUGCGUCGAUGGAAGGGCACAGCUGUUGUAAGUGCUGUGCCAUCGACGGACUACCACGGCACACGUUCCUCCAAUGCACCUGGCGCGUCGACAUGGACGCCUCCGCCGCGCCGUUCGUGGGAGAGGCGCGACGUGCAGGCACUAUUUGACCAGCCGCUUCUGGAGCUUGUUUUCCAGGCUGCGUCCGUGCAUCGUGCUCACCACGACCCUAGCCGUAUUCAGCUGUGCACGCUAAUGAACAUCAAGGAGGGUGGCUGUUCGGAAGACUGCGCGUACUGCUCGCAAAGCAGCCGCUACGAUACACACUCGAAAGCUUCGAAGCUGGAAGAGCUGGAUACUGUGCUGGAGGAGGCGCGUCGUGCGAAAGCCAAUGGCAGCACUCGUUUCUGUAUGGGCGCUGCGUGGCGUGAGAUUGGCGGCCGUAAGCGUGGCUUCAAGCGCAUUUUGGACAUGGUGCGUGAGAUCCGUGGUAUGGGCAUGGAAGUGUGCACCACUCUCGGCAUGCUUACGCCGGAACAGGCCCAGCAGCUGAAGGAAGCGGGCUUGUCAGCGUACAACCACAACCUUGAUACGAGUCGUGAGCAUUACGGCAAGGUCAUUACCUCGCGCACGUACGACGACCGUUUGCAGACGAUUGAGAAUGUGCGCAAUGCUGGUAUUGCGGUAUGCUCUGGUGGUAUUCUGGGUCUUGGUGAGAAGGAGGAGGACCGUGUUGGUUUGAUUUGGGAGAUGAGUCAAUUGCCGGAGCCGCCGGAGAGCUUCCCUGUGAAUGCGUUGGUCGCCAUUGAAGGCACACCGAUGGCUGACCAAGAGCCGAUCAAGUUCCAGGAAAUGCUGCGUACAGUGGCUACGGCGCGUAUUGUUUUGCCUACGUCGAUUGUGCGUCUGGCUGCUGGUCGUCACAUGUUCUCUGAAUCCGAGCAGGCGAUGCUUUUCCUGGCCGGUGCGAAUGCGAUCUUCACGGGCCACCGCAUGCUGACCACGCCAACUUCGUCAUGGGACCAGGACAAAGCUAUGCUGGACCGCUGGGGUCUGUCGGGCAUGAAGAGCUUUGAGACGCCACGUAUGGCUGCCGACCAGGCUUCGUGUUCUGCGUCCGACGCUGUGCGGGCUACGUCGAGCGAAGCUAGCGCUCCUUCGGCCGCCUCUACAACGACUACGCCUUAA